AUGUAUCGCGCUGCUGCCUCGAAAAUCAGAAUCGUCAAGGGCCAUGGGGGAAACAGGACCCUGACCAGGUUUGCAAGUUCAAGUGCAGUUGCAACCAAAUCAUCUUCAGGGGGUAUCUUUAGUUGGUUUACAGGAGGAAGUUCUUCCAGCCUCCCUCCUCUAGACUUUCCACUUAAGGGCAUUGAACUCCCAUCCUCUUUACCUGAUCAUGUUGAAACCGGAAAGACCAAAAUCACAACCCUCUCAAAUGGAGUCAGAAUUGCCUCUGAAACUUCAGCAAAUCCUGCAGCUUCCAUUGGGUUGUAUGUGAACUCUGGCUCAAUGUAUGAAACACCAAUUUCAUUUGGAGCCACACAUCUUCUAGAACGUAUGGCUUUCAAAAGCACAGCUAACAGAAGCCACUUGAGAGUUGUGAGAGAAGUGGAAGCCAUUGGUGGCAAUGUUACAGCUUCUGCUUCGAGGGAGCAAAUGGGUUACACUUAUGAUGCUUUAAAGACUUAUCUUCCUCAAAUGGUGGAGUUACUUGUUGACUCUGCAAGGAAUCAAGUUUUCUUGGAUUGGGAAGUCAAAGAGCAGAUCCAGAAAGUGAAAGCUGAGAUCAGUGAAUAUGCUAACAAUCCAGAAACCUUGCUGUUAGAGGCAAUUCAUUCUGCUGGAUAUUCUGGUGCUUUAGCCAAUCCUCUUCUUGCAUCCGAAGGCUCAUUAAACAGAUUAAACAGUUCCAUUUUGGAAGAAUUUGUAGCUGCAAACUACACUGCUCCUAGGAUUGUACUUGCUGCAUCAGGUGUUGAACAUGAGGAAUUGUUGAAAUAUGCAGAGCCUCUUCUGUCUGAUUUGCCAGGUGGCGCACUCGUUGAGGAGCCAAAGUCGGUUUAUGUUGGAGGUGAUCAUCGUGUUAUGGCUGAUACAGGGAGAACUAGUUUUGCUCUUGCUUUUGAACUUCCUGGUGGCUGGCUUAAUGUCAAGGAUGCCAUGACCUUAACAGUUCUUCAGAUGCUAAUGGGAGGAGGUGGAUCUUUUUCAGCUGGGGGUCCUGGAAAAGGGAUGUACUCACGACUUUAUCUUCGUGUGUUGAAUGAGUACCCAGAUAUUCAUUCAUUUUCAGCAUUCAACUCUAUCUACAACAACACUGCCAUUUUUGGAAUCCAAGCUACCACUAGCUCUGAGUUUGCAUCAAAAGCCAUUGAUGUAGCAGCUAAAGAGCUUAUUGCAGUUGCCACUAAUGGAGAAGUGAACCAUGUACAGCUGGAUCGUGCUAAACAGUCAACCAAAUCCGCCAUUUUAAUGAACUUGGAAUCAAGAAUGGUUGCUUCAGAAGAUAUAGGCAGACAGAUAUUGACAUAUGGAGAGAGGAAACCAGUGGAGUUUUUCUUGAAGGCUGUGGAUGAAGUGUCGGCAAAAGACAUUGCUUCCAUUACACAAAGGCUUCUUUCUUCUCCACUCACAAUGGCUUCUCAUGGAGAUGUUAUAAACGUACCGACGUAUGACUCGGUUAGCAGCAAAUUCCAUUAAUUGGGUGAAAGGGACAAAAUCUAAUCAGGUAGAUUUGGUUUUGUUGCUUUUUGUUAUUGUUAUUUUUAGAUACAAACGAAAAGGAAAAUAAUUUUCAAGGCUAUUAUGUAAUGGCAAUUGCAAUCCAUCAUAUUUUUGAGAUCUUGUAUUUCAUUUCUUGUAAAAGUUUUGGAGUUGGGCCUUCAAACUUUGUAACUGUUGCUUUCUGAAUAU